AAUAUGGGCGACUGGAACUUCCUGGGAGGCAUCCUGGAGGAGGUGCACAUCCACUCCACCGUAGUGGGGAAAAUCUGGCUGACUAUCCUGUUCAUCUUCCGCAUGCUAGUACUAGGCGUGGCCGCGGAGGACGUCUGGAACGAUGAGCAGUCCGACUUCAUCUGCAACACGGAGCAGCCGGGCUGCCGUAAUGUCUGCUACGACUACGCCUUCCCCAUCUCGCUCAUCCGCUACUGGGUACUGCAGGUCAUUUUUGUGUCCUCACCGUCGCUGGUGUACAUGGGGCACGCCCUGUACCGGCUCCGCGCUCUGGAGAAGCAGCGGCAGCGCAGGAAGGUGACUCUCCGCCGGGAGCUGGAGGCCACAGACGCCGAUGUGGCGGAGACCCGCCGCCGACUGGAGCGCGAGCUGCGGCAGCUGGAGCAGAGCAAACCGAACAAGGCUCCCCUGCAGGGGGCGCUGCUCCACACAUAUGUGGCGCACAUCAUCACACGCUCUGCCGUGGAGGUGGCCUUCAUGGCCGGACAGUAUCUUCUCUAUGGCCUUCAGCUGAACCCGCUCUUCAAGUGCGAGCGCGAGCCCUGCCCCAACACGGUGGACUGCUUCAUCUCCCGCCCCACCGAGAAGUCCGUCUUCAUGAUGUUCAUGCAGGGCAUAGCCGGUGUCUCGCUCUUCCUGAGCAUCCUGGAGGUAGUGCACCUGGGCUUCAAAACGCUGAAGAAGGGCAUCCUGGGAUACUACCCGCACCUGAAGGAUGAACUGGAGGAUUGCUACCUCAGUAAGUCGAAGAAGAACUCGCGGGUGAGCCAGGGCACCGCGACGGAGAACAAGGCCGCCGCCCUGCUGGCCUCCGGAGGUUAUGGCCUUCAGCCUGAAAAGCAGGCUGAAAGCCAGCUGUACCCCACGUUUAGCACCCCGUCCCCAGACUCCACUGGGGAGCCGGGUGCCAGGGGAACCGAGGAUGCUGAGGAGGAUCCUCCCAGCCCCACGGGGUACAAAAAAAACUUCAACACCAGCAGUGAUACCCACUCACCGCCAGCUGACUUCACGAUCCCACCCCAGCAGGAGAAGCAUGAGGGCCACCUGUACCCGACCCUACCGGGGGACACGUUCCAUGCUUUGUCCUGCCCCACCCUGGUGGUGGGUGGGGUGAGGAGGCCACGGCGGGUCAGUGCACCCUGGCACUGUUUCACGGUGGAGGAGGCUAAUGGAUCUGAUGCAGACACCCGGAACGGUGAGGGGGGCGUGGCGAAGGCCUGUUUCCCAGGUGGCCGGAUCCACACCGCUUCCAAAUCGGACCCCACCCACUCAACCUGGCCUAAGAGCCCAGACUUGACCCAAGAGUCCGGCUCCGACUCCGACCAGAACCGCAGUGGAGGUGGCCCGUCAGUGGUUUCGCCUGACCGCCGCAUGUCAUUAGCGAGCAUCAGCGGAAGGCGAGCAGCCACAGACCUGCAGGUUUAGAUCUGAGCAUCAGAGCCUUCUGGGGCCCAUCCCUCAGCAGCAUAGCAAACCUUCAACGGCCACCAGUCGAAGGCUCUGAGGCCUGGGGUCUGGGGCUGUCGGAAUGCCCUGGAGCACGCGAAUCCCACACGCACUUCAAUUCCCAAAUUCUGGACCCGGCUCCCUUCUACAACAGUCUGAGGACCA